GCCAAUUGCCGGUCCAGGACCAAGUUCCAAAUGGUCACUUGAUGAGGCCUAAACGAAGUCGACGUAAUCUGCAGGCUCGGCUGCAUGCAACUAUACCUCUUCAGCGUGACAUCAUGGACUCAGACUCCCACUCAGGUGGUUCGUUUAUAUUCAUUCGAUCAAAAUCGUUUCCCGUUAAGAUGGUGAUAAAAUUGAUUCAAGCUCGGAAUCUGAAUCAUCUGAGCAGCUGGUUUCCACAGCCUUGUGGGAUUUUGAACAGUGUGAUCCAAGGCGUUGUUCAGGCCGUAAGCUUGUACGGAUGGGAAUUACACAUCUGUUGCGUCUGAACGAAGGAUUCGGUGGAGUCGUUCUAACACCUACAGCCACUUGUGUAUUAUCUCCUUCCACUGACCGUGAUAUAAUGUACGCUUGCGGACUGGCUGUUGUAGAUUGUUCCUGGGCUCAACUGGAAACCACGGCGUUCAAAAAGUUGAAGUAUAGACAUGGACGUUUGCUGCCUUACCUAGUGGCUGCCAACCCAGUCAAAUAUGGACAGCCUUUUCAACUAUCGUGUGCCGAGGCACUUGCUGCCGGCCUAUAUAUACUCAACCGGCCGGCUCAAGCGAUCCAACUACUGGACAAAUUCUCAUGGGGCCACAGCUUCAUUACCCUCAAUCAGCAGUUGUUGGACGCCUAUUCUCAUUGUUCCACAUCAAAAGAACUGCUUGAGGCACAGGCACAGUUUAUGGACAAACCAAAGCCAGAUCGUGGGUUGACCACUCCCCACGAGGAACAAGCCCAGGGCUUAGAACCUUCUACCGUACAGGAUCUGUCAGCUAAAGACGCGAAGCCAGAAGCUCCUCUGUCUCCGGAAUCGACGCCCACUGAACCAGACCAACAUCAACUCGAAUCUUUACUCUCCAAACAAGUGGACUCCCUAAUUGAUCAAUUUAACCGGAAUAAGCUGAUACGUGAGGCUGGAAAAAAUUGGGAUCGCUUCUAUAACAGAAACGGUACUCGUUUUUUCAAGGAUCGUCACUGGACCACGCGCGAAUUCACGGAGUUACUCUUGCUGCGUGCGGAUCUUGAACAGAAUCAUGAACGCUCAGAAUCCGCAACUCCUUUGUCCAUUCUGGAAGUCGGUUGCGGGGUUGGGAAUUUUCUGCUCCCCCUGCUAGAGGAUUUAGUCUCAUCUGCCAACGGUUCUUGUUCAUCAUCCGAUUCCAAUCAGCCCUCCCGUUGUCUGAAUCGUUUGACGACUGGUCAGUAUACCUUGUGUCUCAUUUCAUCCAGUGUGUACGCCUGUGAUAUCUCCCAACGCGCCGUGCAAAUGUUCAAAGACCGCGCUUCUCGUUCUUGCUUGGACUGUACCGCUUUUGUGUGUGACAUCAGUAAGGACGGAGCCUUGAAGGAACAGCUGUAUCAACACCAAACCUCAGCUAAUCAUACGGUCUCAUCACUUGACCUGGUCACUUUGAUCUUCGUCCUUUCUGCUCUAAAUCCAGAUGAUAUGGUCACAUGCUUGAAGAACAUAAGAAGUGUGCUGAAACCCGGAGGGCGCCUGUUAUUCCGCGACUACGGAAUCCAUGACCAUGCCCAGUUAAGGUUCGGUCGCGGCACUCGACUCUCACGUGAACGUCCUUCCUAUGCCAGACAAGAUGGAACUUUGUCUUACUUUUUCGAAAAGUCCGAGUUAGAAGCCCUAUUUGGUGAGGCGGGAUUUCGCACCGUGCGAUGUGAAUAUGUGUACAAACACACGACAAACGUAUCGGAAAACCUCUCUGUUCGUCGUGUCUUCCUACAGGCGGUAGCCGAGCGGCCGGUAGAGGAUCGGACGUUCCCUGCAUGAUGCCUCCCUCUCUCUCUCUUUCAUCUGAAUCGGUACCUUUGGAACAGAA